UUCAACGUUCGAGUUUAUUGUAAAUCCCUCUAGAAUUGUUUUAAUGGGAUUUAUUACUGUGUAGUGAUGAGCACGUAAAGUAUAGCAAUGGAGGGAUUGCCUUCAGGUGAUAUUCAAGCCAAAUAUCAAAAAUUAGCAGCUGAAUAUUCAAAGCUCAGGGUUCAUGUAAAGGUAUUGAAAAAAGGUGUAUUAGAUGAGCAAGCUAAAUCGAAUGAAUUGCGGGAGUUACUUAAAGAAAAAGAAAAAUCAUUGCGUAAAGGAGAAUUAGAGAUAGAUUCUUUAACUUUUAGAAAUCAGCAAUUGACGCGACGCGUUUCUGUUUUGCAAGAUGAAAUUGAACAAACACAGACAAAACUAACAAAAAAAUCAAAAAGCAAAGAUGAUAAAGCCCCGUCAAAUAGCAAUCCUGCACCGCUGGAUGCAGGGCUACUUCAAGAGGAGCUGCAAAAGAAAAUUAUUGAAAAUGCCCAGUAUGCAUCUCAGCUCUCCGACAAAACAUUUGAAGUAUCCCAACUGCAAGCAUCAAUCGAAGACUGCAACCGUCACAUGACAGAGUGUGAAAGUAGAUAUAAGUGUGAAAUCGCUAAAUUAAAGAAUAAGAAUCAAGAAUUACAGUUUGCGCUGGAAGAAGCUAGGAAGGAACGGUUAGGUGGAACGCCAAAGGUGCAGGCCGGUAGUCAAGCUAGUUGUAACGGUGACUUUUUGUCGGAAGGCGGAAGUUUGAUUGGCAGUGAAGAUGCCCUUAGUUCAGUAGACGACUUGCAUAUAAAUGAACAGCUGAGCAAUAAGUUACAUAACUCUGAACAGGAAAACCAAAAGCUUCGUAUGGAAUAUGGAAUGCUGCAGCUAGAGAACGAAAGCCUCAAGUUAGAGAUUAGCAAACACGUGUCCGCGUCGCAAAGGAGAAGAGGAGAUACGCACGACUCUGGGGACUUUAACACGUUUAGUGAAACUUCUAUAGAUGGCGAGGGUAGGAUAACAGGAUUGUUAGGAAGUCUGCAAGUGCCGUUCCUCCUCAGUGGGGAGGUGCAAGAGCGGGAGGAGAGGAUGCUGUCCUACUUCCGCAGCAAGAUCAGCAAGCUCAGCGCUGAGAGGGACGAACUUAUCAGCAAUGCAGAACAUUAUGUUAAAGAGUGUGAAAUGUUGAGGCUGCGCUUCGAAGAAUUACAGCAGGAAAAAGAAACGGACGCAAAUACGAUACAAGACAAACACGAUACUAUUGCGAGGCUGGAGGAGGAACUCCACUCGACGUCGCACAACUACGAGCAGCAGAUGAGCGUGCUGACGGAGCACGUGGCCGCGCUCAACGACCGCCUCGCCGAGCAGCACGACCAGCUGCUGCAGCUCAAACAUCAGCUCGCCACUAGGAAGAAGUAGCACCCUGUAUACAUGAUGUACACAUGUAAUCCAAACCAGUGUGCCUAGUGUGAGUUUUCAUCGAGUACGAAACGUUACUAUCGCGUCUGCGUCACAGCGAAAUUUGUAUGGGGAAUCAAAGCUUCCCCAUACGUCCGCUAGGGGCGCUGUUCAAUUUCCCAUACUAAUUCGGCUGUGACGCAAACGCGAUAGUAACGUUUCGUACUCGAUCAAACUCACACUAGGGGUACUGUACAGGCAGUGUAUACAGUGUACACGCGCAGUUAUAACACGUGUGGUGUGGAGGUAGCUCGUCAUCGGACAGGAGUAGCACCCUGUAUACAUGAUGUACGCGUGUAGUGUAAUCCAAACCUGUACAGGCAGUGUAUACAGUGUACACGCGCAGUUAUAACACGUGUGGUGUGGAGGUAGCUCGUCAUCGGACAGGAGUAGCACCCUGUAUACAUGAUGUACGCGUGUAAUCCAAACCUGUACAGGCAGUGUAUACAGUGUACACGCGCAGUUAUAACACGUUUGGUGUGGAGGUAGCUCGUCAUCGGACAGGAAUAGCACCCUGUAUACAUGAUGUACGCGUGUAGUGUAAUCCAAACCUGUAUAGGUGUUACAAUACAGUGUACAUACGCAGUGUUACCGGAAGGAAGUAGCGCCUGUACACAUGCUAUAAACGCGCAUAUACAGUUUACACAGCUGUGGUGUGGAGGUAGCUCCUGUAUAAAUGCUGUACGCGUGUAAUGUACACCCUAAACAGGCAGUAUAUAAAGUGUUACACGUCACCGGGAAGAAAUAGCACCUGUAUACCUAGUACACACGCAGUGUUACACAUGUGCGGCGUGGAGGUAGCUUGCUACCAGGAAAAAUCCUGUAUACACAAAUAAGGAUUGUUCAAGAUGUUCUUAAACCUUUUUAUAAAAAACGGUAACUUACAUAACACCCAGCCUUAUGCGAAUGAAGUUAUGAUGUUAUAGAAUACAAUAAGCAUGAUUGGCUGAGCUCUUUAAGCUGUCAUAAAAAAGUCAAUACCAAUAACAGCUUUUGGUACAUUUUUUACUGACAUUCUUAUACCUUUAUGCCAUAAGAUUAGCCUUAUAAUAUAAAAGUACCAA